AUGUCCCAACACGUUUCAUCGCCUUUACUGGCAGUACUUUUGGUCACUUCAUCUUCACGAGGUCCUUCGCUGAGCUUUCGAUUUCCUAGAAGACCAAAAUUGGAAAAGAGAUAUUCAAAAGUACGUUAUUUGGUAGCCAAACAGGAAGUCAAGCAAGAAUCGCAGCCCACUUCACAAAGACAAAUAAGCGAUUCAAGCUCAAGCGAAGAAGAAGGAGAUGCAUUGGAUCUAGAUGGCACAACAGAUGAUGAUGAUCAUUCCAACAUAGAUGCUACACCAGCACCAUCAUCUAGAAAAGAAGACGCCGAAGUUGCAAGCAGUGUAGGCGGCGCUUCAGCUGCUACCAAAGAGGCGGCUGCCACUGUAGAAGCUGCUGAGCAUGCGCGGAGAAGGAAAAGAGCGUACGAGCAAUACUUAGGGUACGACUGUGAAACCUUAGCUUCUCUAUUGGCACCAAAGAGGGAACUCUGUCAUCAAAAGUUCGAAUUGGUCAUUGACGAUCUAGCAUUCGUCGGUCAUCCAGUCUGUGUUGAUAAGGACGGCAAGUGGGAUGUUGAGGAAGCCAGCUCGGAUGAAGAAUUAAGAGGUAGAGAUGACACCAGAAGAGGCUCGGCUUCAGGCUAUCGAAUAGGAUCACCCGAUCAUGCUCUCGCAGAACCUUCACGCUCUUCAACGAUUGCUAAUCCUAUGACAUUGUUUCAUUUCGUCUUGGUAUUAGAUCGACCUGACCCGUCGCCCGACCUACCAGCGCUCGACCUAACUUCCUGGCUGCAAAUAUUCUACGAUAACAUAGCAUUCAAAAUGACAGCAGCGCUCUUUGCCGAAGAGAUUCGAUGCCAAUACGUUUCGCAAGAAUGCGAUAAGAUUGGAGCUUUACGCGAAAGGUGCAUGGAUGAUGGACAAUCUUAUUCAUCUUUCCUUACACAUGCCAAUCAUACCUCUUCGCUCGCAAAAUCUAUUCAACAAGUAUACUCUUCGAUCUCGCUAUCAUCCAAUGCAUUUGUUACAAUCAACGAAUCCAUCGAAGCGCAUUUGCAAUUACCACCUAUGCUGCAUGAACCCUCAAAGAUGAUGAAAAUGGCAGAUAUCGAAACGCCAAUCGACAUCAAUGAUGCAAUCUUCACCAACACAACUUCAACCAAAGAUGGCCGGGUUUUGCCGUCCAGACCAAUCAAUGCAGAGCAAUUGAUGCAUGAAGAAUGGAGUAGAACUACAGGUCCGUUUCUCUUGCCAUGGAAAACUCUCUUGUUGCUGAGAGAGAAUCAUGAACAUGGAAGACCUGAUGAUCCGGACGAUGCAAGUGAAUAUUCAGCAUUUGCAGACAAAGGAAUUGAAGCAUGGGCUCGUAAGUUCACAUCUUUGAUGAAACCCACACUGGAUGGUGUUCCAACAUUAGCAGAUUCAGCUGAUCUUUUGGGGUGGAAUUUGGAGGAAGAUAUUUAUCCAAUGGUACGACAUUUGAUAUACUAUCGUGAAGCAAGAGUGAUCGAUGUUCCAAGAAUUCAAAAUUAUUAUUCCGUUUCGCCUUUGUUCGAGCUUGCAGAGUUGGCAAAGCUUUCAACGUCAUGGUCUAUCAAGUUCCUCACCUUACCUCCGCUACCAUCCUUCUUGGCUACUCUAUCUUCCGCUUUGAAGCCAUUUAGCAUGCAAAUUAAUCGAAGAGAUCAGAGACAGCUGUGCUUGGAUGCUCUGAUUUGGCUAUUACGUCAUGAAAUCGUAGUUCAAAUGCAUGUCCGUUUACGUUUGGUAGCCAACGAAUCUUGCAAGCGAAAAGCAGCAAUCGCUCGUGAUCAAGAGCGCGAGAGGAUUCGGAAGAAACGAGUGCUCAUUGCAGAACGUAGAAAGAAGGAAGAGGCAAGUGGUGAAAUGGUGGAUGGUUUUUCUUCCUUUGGUGCAUCAAUGCAAGCAUUCAGUGCUGAUCUCUCUCAAUCUGCACCGGUAUUUAGGGGUGAAAGGGAUGAAGGUAUCAAGACAGCCAAGAAAGAUCGAGGACGAACACGAGAUCAGUCUACACCCAAACAAGAUGAGAUGGACGAUUCAGAAGAUGAUGAAUUAUACCUCAAUUACGAUAUCGAAUUUGAACAAUGGGAAACACAACCAAUCGCAAGUAUCAUUGCUGAACCUAGCCGAGCAUCAGGUGAUGAGAAUGAAUGGAUUGCUGCAAUGGUGGAAGGUAAAGAAGCAUGGCAAACAGAGAGGAUGUAUAAACUCUUACCUUUCCUCAAUGGGAAACACACAGUAGACGAAAUCGUAUAUCGAUUAGAAUGGAGAAGGAAAGAUUUACGUGCUGUAUUGGCAGCAUUUCGAGAAGAUAUUCUCACAUUUGUGCAUCCAUAG